ACCGGCCCAUGCCGUCGUCCUUCCUCCCGCUCUCCCCAUCCAGUUCGAACCUGAACGCGCCCUUCGAGUCGGUGCAAACCCAGCUGUCUUCUCGCAAGGCUGCGCACAGGUGUCCGCUCAAGAUCAAGGUACAACGAACAACGAUCGUCGACGCCAGCAGCGCGGGCCUGGGCCUCACGAUGCAAUCGCCUUCGUACGCGCUGGGUUCCACUGGCAGCGGGAGGCCUCUUGAUGCUGUGCGCGACAUGUUCACGAGGAGCGACGUGUCGCACGCCUCCUCCGGGUCUGGCAGGUCGCGGCGCUCGGAGAAAGAGAGGGAGAAGGCGUCGAUGCACAGCUCACACGCGAUUGGGCAGGGCAUCGUGCACAGCGCGAGCAGGCGGUCCAACUCUAUCGUGUGGUCGGGCGCGAUCGUCAUCCCUCCGAGCGCGGAGGGGUUCAAUGGAGGAUUUGAGAUCAAUGGAUUGAAGGUUGUGGACAGCAUUGAUCUUUGCAUAGAACCCCCGCCAUCCCUUAGGUCGCACUAUUUCCCUCUUCACGAGACAGUUCCUCUGGUCUUGACGUCGGACACCGUCAAAUCUCGCAAGGGUGUUCCUGUGUCUAGCCUCGGUUGACUUGUUUCCAGAACGUGAUCACGCACUUUCGGCCGUCCUCUCUAGGACUUCAUCCGCUCCCGGCGUGGGGUGUUCAUCGUCCAAGACUUUGGUUAUGCCGCCUUGGGUUCGGCGCAAACCCUCGCACGGGGUCUACGCUGACACGCGGACGGUCUUGGUCGAGACUGUAGGCUGCCUAUCUCUCCCUAACUAUAUCCUCACAUGACACCCUUCGGACUCUCUAGAGAUACUCAUGAGCAACUGCACACAAUCCAGCUGUAUUUCUGAACCACUGUAUUGUAGUGUAUGGCGUGUAGGAUGAUGACGCAUCCGCAGCAUAAUGUGAGAGCUCCGAGCGUCAAAGAUUGGAAGGGAGGCCGGCGCUGCGUGGUACGGUGUCUGCUGGUUCCUGCGGUCCUCCAUGUGCUCCCUCUUUACAAAUGAU